AGUGGUAGCGCUGGCACAGCAUCGUCCAGAAACCCCUGAGCUGCGGUAUUUGCCUCUGUACAUCUCUUUACACAGCUCGUCACCGGUAGGUAAGCCAAAAAAGAAAAAAAAUUAAAAAGAAAAGACAAGAAAAUCAUUGGAUAUACGAGAAAAGAGACCCGUGCUUAUUUUGGCAAUCUGCGUGAGAAGAUUAAUUGAGGGGGGAAAAAAAGAAAGCUCCUGCCCUCUUCACAUCGGCCAGCUUUAGAAGUGAGAAGAGACGGGACCUCUGCGCUUGGAGGAAUCGCUCCUGUGCCGGCAGCAGCGUGCGGAGUGCAGACACAGACUUAGCAGACGCACUGAAGGGGCAGAGGGAAGACAGGACGGUGGAGGAUAUUUUACGCACAACAGGGCCAAGCAACCCCAAUUUAAAGAAGCCGGGAGUCUGCUACUCCGAGUAGAACUCGGUGUUCGGUCGGAUUUGCACUUGACUGAGUCCAUAGACACAAUUAGACUCUAUGUGGUCGGCCGGCAUGGAUUCCUUCAUUAUAGCGGCGCUGGCAGUGUGCUCUCUAACGGCACCAGCUUAUGGGGACAAAGGGACGAGCAAAGCCCGGAGUUGUUCUGAUAUCAAGGUGUUUUACAAAGGAAAGGGGUUCCUUGUGGAAGAUGUCCCUCAGUUUGAAAUAUCAGGCGAGCACCUGCGCAUCUGUCCUCAGGGUUACACCUGCUGUACCAGUAACGUGGAGGACAAACUGGCCUCGCAGAGCCGCACCGAAGUGGAGAACGUAAUCAAAGAUGCCGGGCGCUCCUUACAGAUCUCGCUUACCGGACAGUACAAAAUCUUCGAUGGUCACUUUCUAGAUUUGCUGAACCGCUCUGAAUUGAACCUACAAGAGGCUUUCACUUCAACUUGGGGCUCUCUAUACAACAAGAAUUCGGAUGUUUUCUCCGAGUUAUACACAGAACUGAAGAAGUACUACCGAGGAGCCAACAUCAACCUGGAAGAAACGCUUAAUGACUUCUGGAUCAGGCUCCUGGAGAAGCUCUUUUUCCAGGCAAACGGGCAAUAUGUCAUAGGUGAGGACUACUUGGAGUGUGUGUCUAAGCAGAUAGACACACUGCGGCCUUUUGGAGACACACCCCGUCAAAUGAAGAUGAAAGUCACGCGCACGCUUGUGGCUGCACGUUCAUUUGUUCAGGGCCUGGUGACUGCGGGCGAAGCCGUACGCAGAGUAUCCCAGGUGCCAAUGAGCCAGGAGUGCAUGCGAGCCAUAAUGAAGAUGACUUACUGUCCCCACUGCCGUGGGAUGCCGUCUGCUAGACCUUGUCUGAACUACUGCACCAACGUCAUGAAGGGCUGUCUGGCCAACCAGGCUGACCUCGACACAGAGUGGAGGCACCUAGCAGAUACAAUGAUCCAGGUGGCUGACCGUUUAGAUGACCCUGCUGGUGUGGAAAGUGUGAUACUCUCCCUUCCCAGUUACAUAUCAGAAGCUAUGAAUACCAUGAUGGAGAAUAUAGCCAGCAUCAACAGCAAGCUUUUCCAGACAUGUGGCAAACCCAAGGAAGCAGGAACCAGCAGCACAGAUGAUGAAAUCAUGAAGCGAGGGAAGGUCACAGUGGAGGACAGAUUGGAAGCCAGCUCUAACAAAAUCGAAAAAUUGGUGUCUGAUGUAAGAAUAAUACUGGGGGACAAUAGGCCAUACUGGACUUCUCUCCCAAAUCUCAUCUGCAGUGACAGAGUGGCCACUGGAUUAGGGUCCGAAGACAAGUGUUGGAAUGGCAACAACCGUGCCAGGUACCUUCCUGAGUUAAUGAAUGACGGCUUAGCCAGUCAGAUCAACAACCCUGAAGUGGAAAUUGACAUCACCAAACCAGACAUGACAAUACGCCAACAAAUAAUGCAGCUGAAGAUCAUGACUCACCGCCUGAAGAAUGCUCUAAAUGGCCAGGAUGUGGAAUUUCAGGACACCAGUGAUGACGCCAGCGGCUCAGGAAGCGGGUGCGCGGAUGACAUGUGUUCCCGGGGUAGACUUGUUCUCCCCAGCACUGACCGACCCGUGGCCAUUCCCUACCCUCCAGAAAACGAGAGGGUGAAAGGCUCAGCCAUGCAGAACCUUCCCUCCAUCAGCAUUUACCUGCUUACACUGCUCAUUUUGCUGCUCCGGCGAUAAUUGACGAGGUGGAAUCUGCCAACUGGGACUGAGUCUGGGGCAUCGGGGGUUGGGGAGAGUUUAAAAGGGGAGGGAGGAGAAGUUGGGGGUUAGUUAGCUUGCCAAAACUAAAGAAAUCUAAAGAAACAACAACAAUAAAUCACAUGGAUGGACUUCCUUUUGGUGUUGGAUUGGAGCAAAAUGGAAAUAUGAGUACUCAUAAACGUUUUUGUUUUUUUUGUUCUGCUCUCAUCUUUUAUUCUUCCUAUAUUAUGACACCUUUAGAGCUGGUCUUUUUUUUUUUUUUUGCAUCUUCUAAUGUUUUGUUUUUGGUGUUUGGUUUUCUCUGAGGUUAUAUCUGCUCCUAAAGCGUGUGCGAGACUAUAUUGCUAACAGUAUGUUGGUGUUGACACCACAGGGAGAGGGAGAGUUGAGCUUUUUGCAGUGGCACCCAGAUACUACGUGUCUGUAUUCCACUUGUGACCGUGGGAAUUGUUUAUUUAUGAUUAUAUUUGUCCCAAAAUGAUUUAAUCACAUUUAGAUAUUUAUAGAAAAAAGAAAAAAAAUAUCUGCUGACUUUAAAAGGAGAAUUAUCUGGACAGCAUGACCCAUCAAACCUCUUAAUGCAUUAAGCCUCACAGUAUCAUUACUUGUAUGCACUCGCUCACACAGUGAGGUUGAGAGCACUUAGCGUCAGCACUUUUGCCAUUUCAUCAUGUAAUCUGUAAUAAUAGCCGUGAUCACAGUCACACUGGCACGAUCGCCCGGUGUAGGAGUAACACGGUCUGUCCUCUACUCCAUCCAUGCACUUAUUCCUACACUCCCCAUCCCACCCUCCUCCCCCGGCCCCACCGAGAUUGUCUCCCUCCCUCCCUCUCUCCAGAACCUGCUGGCAGUGUAGCAUCAACUCAACAUUCUGGUCUAAGCAAAGCACGUGCUCGGCUGGGACAGGUCUCAGAUGGAAGCAGCUUUUCGCUAUGGAGUGUGCUACGUGGAAAGGAGGUGUCGCGUUAAGAUCACCCCUGUGACAAAGGAUUAAAUGAAAUGAUCUUGGAGUCUUGUAGCACAGCAGACAUGCACACAGAAGCAGAGGCUCCGUUGUCCUGCUGCACUUCUUUUAGUAUUCCUUUUACAUUCACAGGAGAGCAAAAAUAUAAUAUGCAUAAAAUUUUGUGGGUUCCCCGCAAUGGCCCAGUGUUCGUGUGAUUAGCAUCAUAAUUUCAGUAUCAUAGAUUUUUUUUUUUUCAUGAAUGAUUGCCGCAGCGAUCCAUAUAACCUUAAAAGCCACACCAUGCACGUCUAUAUUUUUGAUUGCUUCUUUGCCAUUUUGUAGAGGGGGAAAUACAUUUUUUUUUAAAAAAAAAAACAUGCUUUUAGUUCCCAAAAUUUGACAAAAGCAAGAUCGUUGUGUGCUCUUACCGCUUAUUUUUUCAUCAUCUGUCAGUAUCCAUGUCCGCCUUUCAUUAUCUGAAACAUUUCUAUAUCGGUGCCUAUUUUUUGCCAACCCUAACCUCCUCUGCCCUUUUCCCCACUCAUCAGUUAUAAUGACCUUUAAAGCGUUCCUCGUGCUUCUGCGUUGUAGCAAGGCAAUAUGACAAUGACACAGUGCUUCAUUAUGUGUCAACCUUACUGGGAAUGUUAUGGGAACACAGUUUAAGGCUUUUUUCCCCCUGAUUUGAUGCUUGCUAGGGAGAAAACAUGUACCACAAUUUAGUUCAAAGAAAUGCCAGCGCUCUCAUUCAGGAGUGGUGCGUGCAGGAUGAUGGGACGAUGCCCGCAUAUGUGUUUCGUUUGCGUGUGAAUGCGUGUACUUGUCUUUGAUUGAAAGCGCAGAAGAGGGAUGGACGAUAGCGCCUCUUUGAAUCGACAGUAGUUCGGAUGACACAGAAAUGAGAUUAACUAAAAUGUACUGCACUAACACGGUGUGACAGAGUGCUAUUAAACUGACAGUAACA